AUGUCCCCCCCAAGCCGCGACACCAGCCCUGAAACCCACGAAACCGACGCCCUCACCUCCUCCUCCCCAACCCCCAACCUCAUCCCCCCUAAACCCUCCACCACCAUCAACAGACUCUCAAGCCUCAUCCCCCUCCAUCGAGACCGCUACUACGGCGCCCUCACCUUCAACACCGCAUCCUUCAUCCUCCCCGCCCUCUACUCCACCCUCUCCAAGCUCUGGGUCUCCCGCAUCGACUCCUCCAUGGUCGUGACAACAGACUCCUUCACCUACAUAAACACCUUCUCCGAGGCCCUCAACGAAGGCCUCCCCCGCGCCGCAUGGCUCAUCAUCGGUGACAAGGCCUCCCGCUCCCUCCCACAGCGCCUCCAGCUCACGCAUACCCUCAUCGCCUUUCAAGCCAUCGUCGGACUCCUCCUCAGCAUCGUCUUCCUCGCCGCGGCGCCGAGAUUCGCAGAAAGCUUCGUCCCGCAGGAGGUAAGGGAGGCGAGCCUGACAUAUGUCCGCAUCACGUCCUUUACCGUCUUGAGCGGCGCCGUGGAAACGGCCGUGGCCUCGGCGACGAGGGCGCUGGACAAGCCCGAUGUCCCGCUGGUCAUCAGCUCCGUCAAGUUCGCCGUCAACAUCAUUCUCGACCUGCUCAUCAUCUCCAACUUCCACGUCGGCUCGUUCCAACCAACAGUCAACACCCAAGGCAUCAUCCAGCUCGUCUGCAACUUAACCGCCGCCUUCAUCGGAUUAGCCUACUUUCUCUACUCCGCGAGCCUCUCAACCUGGCGGAAACAGCGUCAUGUCCCUCUCAACGGCCUCACCACAUCAAGUCACAACAAGAAUCACUCUCUCUCUCCAAGCCUCCGAGCACUCCGCGUUCUGCUCCCCCCGGGCCUCAUCUUCUUCGCCGAAUCCGCCAUCCGAAACGCCCUUUACCUCUGGCUCGUCACCACCGUCGUCGCCCUGGGCUCCGUCUACGCAACCGCCUGGGGCGUCUUCAACACCAUCCGCUGGGGCCUCGUCAUGGUCCCCGUCCAGGCCCUCGAGGCGACGGCCCUCCAGUUCAUCGGCCACAAAUGGGGCCAAUGGCGACAACUCAUCGGGCCCAGCAACCGCAGGCCAAAAGCAAGCUGGAACGAGCUCUUCAGUCUCGUUAGCCCCGCCAUACGAUCUCUCCUCAUCGCUCUCCUCGUCGAGGUCCCCAUUGCCAUCUUUCUCUCCGUCUUCGGCGCCCGGCCGUUUGCGCUGUACAUCAGCGGUUCGAGCGAGGUCGCGGACGUUACCGCGCACAUGUGGCGGACCAUUGACUGGUGCUACAUCUUCUACGCAAUGUCGACGCAGCUCGCCACCAUACUGCAGGCCACCAGGCCCAAGUGGUAUCUGUACCAGAGUCUGGCGAGCAACAUGCUCUAUGUCCUGCCGUGGGCGAUAGUGUGUCAGGUUGCGCAUCUAGACCAGGAAAAUGCAUGGACAUAUCAUAGCUUCAUCUUUGGAGGCAGCCUGGUGUUUAGUUUCGUUGAUGUUCUGAUCGUCGUUGGCGUCUGGAUGUGGACGUUGCGGACAGGGAGGGCGAGGCUCGAGGUAAUUCAAAGUUCGUAA